CUCGCAGCAAUUCAACGGCUACGAGAGGGGCGCGCAUUCAAGUCGGGAGGUAAAACCAAACUGAUACGAAUACAAUGUCCGCGAUGAUGACGUGUCUCAAUCUGGUCUCCCCUGCAUCAUAAAGUCGCGAUCAAAAACUCGCAGGCGUGGCCUCAUUAUUGCCUUUCCCCAUUUCCAGACGUUUCCACCUUUAGCAUUCGAGAAUCUUCCAGAGUCGCACUCUCUCACUCUCUGUCUACUGCUUCUCCAUCGGGGGAGACGCAAGUCAAUAAUAGCACAAGGGUUCUCACGAGGAGAUUACGAGUCACCUCUGCAUCAAUGGCCGGUCUGCCUCCCAAGCCCACCGUCCUCGUCACUGGAGCUGGUGGGAGAACUGGUUCUAUUGUUUAUAAGAAACUGAAAGAGAGGUCGGACCAGUUCACUGCAAAGGGUUUGGUCCGGACGCCAGAGAGUAAGGACAAAAUCGGGGGAGCUGAGGAUGUCUAUGUCGGGGAUAUAAGGGAUGCUGACAGCAUAGCUCCGGCUAUUCAGGGAAUUGAUGCGCUCAUAAUUCUGACUAGUGCUGUGCCAAAGAUGAAACCCGGGUUUGAUCCGUCCAAAGGUGAAAGGCCCGAGUUCUACUUCGAAGAAGGUUGCUUUCCAGAACAGGUUGACUGGAUAGGGCAGAAGAAUCAAAUUGAUGCCGCCAAGGCUGCUAGAGUGAAGCAAGUUGUGCUGGUUGGUUCUAUGGGCGGGACAAACUUAAAUCACCCAUUGAACAGCUUGGGCAAUGGGAACAUAUUGGUGUGGAAAAGAAAGGCUGAGCGGUAUCUUGCUGAUUCUGGUCUCCCUUACACAAUUAUAAGGGCUGGAGGCCUGCAAGACAAAGAAGGAGGAAUCCGUGAGCUUCUGGUUGGGAAGGAUGACGAGCUUCUUCAGACCGAGACAAGGACCAUUGCAAGGCCUGAUGUUGCUGAAGUCUGCAUUCAGGCAGUCCAGUACGAGGAGUCUAAGUUCAAGGCUUUUGAUCUGGCAUCAAAGCCAGAGGGAACCGGCACCCCGACCACUGACUUCAAGGCUCUCUUCUCCCAGAUCACCACCCGUUUCUGAAGAUUCCCUUGAGAGCAACACCGACCUAUCUCGAAUAAUCUUGCGUCGUCUUGCUUAAAUGAACUUGCUUGUGGCGCCCGGGGGAUUCAUAAUGCUUGUUUCCUAGUUGACUUUGCUAAAGAAGUGGGACACUGAGCCUGUGAUAAGAGGUGUAAUGUUAGAACGACGCUGUUCGAUAACACACACCUGCAACAAAAGAAGCAACUUGCCUCGUUAUUCUUGCUAGUCAAAGGCCCGGCCUGGUUCUAUCAUGUAUGUGUUGAUGAUGUAUUUUGUUUAGUAUUUGGCGAUAAAUAACGUAUUGAAUAGAUGAGAAAGUAAAAAUGACUAACAAAGAAAUACCGCUAAUAAUGUCAGAAUAUAUUGGAAAGUUGAGAAAGUAAAAGUGAUUUAACAAAGAAAUGCAGGUAAUAAUGACAUAUGUUUGCAAACACAGUAUGCAUCCAUAAAUGAAAAAUAUGAGUUGCCUCCUAUCAGUAUUAUUAAAACGCAAGUGUCAUUCUGCAAUUGCUAUAUAAGAUGAAGAGACGAAACAUAAAGAUUCAGAUUAACAGUUAAAUUAGACAUGUUAGGUGAUUAAUUUACGUAACACAAUGUAUACUCAUUACGUAAAAGGAUCGUUCAUUACGUGAGUGAGGAUAAUGUAUCAUUGUCUCACAACUAUCAUAUUAAAUAACGCAAGCUAAAAUCACCACUACUUACAAAAAAAUAGGAUAUAAUUAAAUUUGUUUUUGUACCGGAGUUUUGAAAAGCAAUCAAAGGUGGGAAAUAUCACACAUAUUCGAGUUUUUUUUCACGCUCAUGAUGUCCAGUCAUGAAAGCAUUCAAAUAUGUUAAUGAAUUUUUAUCUCCUACACCCAAUGUUACCGUAACCUCAUGAUUAGUUAACUUUGACAUAACAGUUUAAUCAUAUGUUACUUUCUAAAAUGUUAUUAUUAGACCACACAUUAUAAAAUAUUUAUGUAACAACAUUCUAUAACAUUUUUAUCUCCUACAUCCAAUUUUACCAUAAGCCCUUAAUUAGUUAACUUUGACAUAACAGUUUAAUCAUAUAUUACUUUCUAAAUUUUUAUUUUGUUAUUAGACCACACUCUGUGAAAGAUUUAUGUAACAACAUUCUAUGAUAGUUACAUAAAUUACAAUUCAUCAAUGUUAUUUAAUAUAACUUGAUUUUAUUAUAAGAGCACACCUAAUGAAAGAUUUAUGUAGUCUUCCUUAAUAGUUCAAACAUUGCAUAAAGGUUAUGGUCAAAU